AUGGUUUUUAGGUCACGAUGCUGGAGACGGAUGGACGUGGGCGGAAACGCGGCCCCGGGAGCUGAGGACGCCUACGUGGAGGAGGAGGACGCCCAACGCCCGUCUGACGCCCACCACGCCGCCGUCCGUCAGGACGAGGCCGAGGGGGCGGGCGGGCGGCGCGGCGGCGGAGGCGGGGCGGCGCGGGUGUCCGAGGUGCCGUGCCUGAUCAACGGCGAGUACGAGGUCGCCUGCAGGAGGGACGAGAGGGACGUGUUCAUCCCCUUCUCCUUCAUCCACAAUUACUUCGAGGUGUAUGGGCGAGUGGAGCAGCGUGGGGAUGGCACAGAUGUUUUCCAGUGGUCCCACAGCUACAGCCGUGUGUAUGAACCUCAAGGCCACUACCUCCCCACCUCCACCUUCCUCAACUUUGAACUGUACAAUGUCGAGGCCAGAGAAAGGGUUAAGUGUGUGUCUGCCACUGAGGGCGUACCCAUCUCUACUCAGUGGCACAGCUCAGGCUACACUUACCCUAUCCAGAUUGCCCAGUUUGGCUUGGCACACUAUUGCAAACAUCUCACAGAAAACCCUCCACAAAGGGUGGUGCUGGAGGACGGUGAGGAGCACAAGGGCAAGUGGGAGGUCCAAGGACUGACCUCCUCAGUCUCCCGGAUCCUUGACCCUCUCACCCACUCCAAUGUUCUGAAGUUCAAGACUCCAGAGACCUCAUCGAAAGGUGGUGCUAUGUUAAAACUCAGUGAGAUGUCUACCCAGAAUCUUUUAGUUUUGAGUCUCAACCUUCUCCUACAAGGCAAUGCCAGCUUUACUGUUACCUUAGAAUACAAAGAUAAAAGACCAGAAGUGUUUACUCUUCAUUAUAUCCGUUCAGAGACCCUGCUGACUGCCAAGGACCGGCAGAUAUUUUAUGGUUUAGGGAACCCUACGGGAUGGAAGCGGAUUACACGCAACCUCCUUAUUGAUGUUCAUAAGGGUGCAGCAGCUUCACCAGCACUUCGUAAAAGGUUUAAAAAGAUCUCAAGAUCAAAGCUGAAAGUUCUGGCCCUUUACCUGAAUGGUGAGGGAAGCAUUGGCAACGUCACUCUAGCAUCUGCUGAGCACCUCCACCACUUUUAUGAUGCAGCUAACUGGCUCCUCAACCACCAGGAUGAACGGGGUGGAUGGUCCAUCUCCGUCCCGCGCAAGGUGAUAUCGGGUGUGUUGGAGCUGGAAGCAGGCUGGUACUCAGCAAUGGCACAAGGUCAGGCCAUGUCACUCCUGGUGCGUGCAGCUCACCACUCUGGAGACUCUAGCUACCUCAAGGCUGCCAUACGUGCCACAGCCCUGUUCUCUGUCAAUGCAACUCAUGGUGGUGUGCGAACCUAUUUCCCUGGUGGCUUUGUAUGGUACGAAGAAUACCCCACAACCCCAUCUCUCUUUGUGCUCAAUGGAUUUAUCUACAGUCUCCUUGGACUCUAUGACCUCAAAGAGUUCUCACUUGAAUCGAACAGCAAUGGAGCUGAGCUGUUUGCAGAUGGCAUGGUCUCCCUCAAGAAGCUGCUGCCACUCUUUGACACUGGAUGGGGCUCCUUGUAUGACCUGCGGCAUUUCACAACCCAUGUAGCUCCCAACCGAGCCCGCUGGGACUACCACACCACGCACAUCACCCAGCUCCUGCUCCUGGCUUCAAUUGAUGAUGAUCCGGUCCUGUCUUCAACGGCUCAGCGCUGGAAGGAAUACAUGGCUGGGCACAGAGCUAGCCAUAACUAAGGGGUUUCUUUGUUCUUUAAUGAUAAUGAUGAAGAGAUAUAUUGGUUGUGGUACUGUAGUUCACUAAUAAUAUAUUAAGAUGUUAUUUUUUACUUUUCUGUUAAUUUAACAUUAUUUGAUGGUGUGUGUAGAUUUUCUGAUUCAGAUAUUUUUGUUUAGUGAUAUUUAAUGCUCUAGAGAAUUCUUUGGAGAUUAUUUUAGUUUUUGAUACUUUAUUUAGAUACUGACUUCAUUUCUAUUAGGGUAAAUGAGUAAAUAUUACCUCAGUUUUCACAAGGUGUUUGUGAGUAACAGUGGUGAUACCUACCAAGAGAUCAGAUCUGGAAGAUGGGCCUUUAGCAACAUUGUGAAACUUGUAUAAAUGUUUGUAUGAUUUGCUGUGAUGCAGUGAAUACUAUAUUUAUACAUACCUAUAUAGAUAUAUAUACAUAUAUACCUGAUCCUCUGUGAACUCACCAUUUCCUUAGCAGAAGAUUUAGACCAUAGUCUUUUGAGAGUGACAUGUUGAAAAAAAAACAGAAAAGUUGUUCAGUUUUACCAUAAGUGAUUGCUAUUGUUACAAAACUUGUUAUGUGUGUUCAUGACACACAUAUGUAAACACUCAACUACAUUCUUACGUUUACCAUAGACAUGAAAACAUAAUAAUAAAAUCUUAGUAAAAACAUUCAUCUCAUAUUGUGGCUGAAGAAUCUGCGUUCUCUUGCUUCCUAGUCUCUAAGGUGAAAGUGUUGUGUCAUGGUAGGUUUGCUAUUGACUGAACAGCAGGGGAAUCUUGUGUAGUGUGUGUGUAAGUAGAAGGACAGGUGGUUACUAGAGACUAUUUUAACUACUCUGCCUUGCUAUGUGAUAUUUCUGGUAAAUAAUGAACUGGGUCCACUUGUGAAUACAAAGCUAGUGUGGAUGUUGGCAGGCAGACUGGCAGGCAUGCAAGCAAGCAAGCAAGCAAGCAAGCAAGCAAGCAAGCAAGCAAGCAAGCAAGCUGGCAGUCAGUCAGGCAGGCAGACAGGAUGGUCUGUUGGAAGGUUGAUGAAUGCUAGAAUCUCCCAUGCUGUGUUCCCAGGAGUGUCUGUAGGGUCUGCCUCUGCCAUUGUCCUCAUGUGAUCUUCCAUUAUCUUGUGGCCACAGCUCAAAUUGUAAAUGAGUGUGUAAUUAGUGUUUCUUCAAAACUUAAAAAAACUAAAGAUUGCUGAUUAGGAACUCAGCUUUAUAUUUUGAUACUCAUGUGAUUAUAUACACGUGAUUAGGAAAUGCUGUCAGGCUUACUGCCCUCUGUGGAUAUCUGCUUUGCAAAAGAGGACUUAGUUUGUCUUAGGGCAUAAAAUCUCUAACUGAAUCUAUAACUGCUACAGUUUUACAAUUUUCUUCUAUGAAGAAACUAUUGAAAGAAGGGAAUAAUUUGUAACAGUAUUUUGGUACAACUAGUUUAUAUUUUCCCAAACAAAAUUUGCAAAAUUAGGGUACUUUGUUGUUGCAAAAGGUAUUUGAGUUGAUGUCACAUGCCUAUGAACAUUGCAUUUUAUCUCCCCAAAAAACUAUCUGCACCAUCUAAAAAGUUUCCCCUUAAAUAUUUUAAACAAUUUCCCCUUAACUAUUUGCAUUGUGGUGUAAUAUUCCCUGGGCUUCCAGUAAUAAUGUGCUAAUGUACUUAGGGUGGUCUUCAGCCCAGAGGGUCUGUUAGAGUAUCACCUCUUGAAUGUUUACAAACUGCCACUUAAGUUUCAGUAGGCUGCCUUAUGGGCACCCUGAGAGUGUGGUUGAGUGCCACCUUUAGGGUGUAGUGACAUGCUGUAUUAGGGAUUUGUUACCCAUAGGGCUGAGGGAGUACCACCCUGAGGGUCUUUGGAUUGCUACCUAAAAUGAUGGUGUAAGUUCACCUGACGUGUUUGUCAAUUCAUUCAUCAGAACUUUGUGGACUGUCAAUUCUACUUUUUAAGAUCAAAGUAAUACACACUAAAAUUAUUAAUCUGAGCUCUAGUGACAUGUUUUAAUCUGAGUAUUUUCAUAAAAUUUUGGCAGACAAACACAUUUAUGGUAACUGCAUUUCACCUAAACGAAUGAUAGAUUGUCAUCAUCAAAAGCUGGUGAUGAGGUGUUACUGGUUGGCUCCAACACACUUUAUUCACCCUCACUUGUGCUCAACCCUUUAAUGCAACUGCAGUUCUGAUAGGAUAUACCCAAGAUAAGAUACUUCAACAUUAUUUCAGAUAUUACAGCUUUAACAUGUUUUUUCAUGCAUGUAAACACAAACAGUAAGGUUAACAGUGUUCAAUUAAGUAUAAUAAAAAAGAUUAAGUGUUUCAGUGAUCUUUAAACCAUAUACAUUUUUAUGCUUGAAACACCUUGUGUCAAUUCAUAUUAGCUUCAGCCAAUCCAUAUGGAGAUCUGUAGCUAGCUAUUCAGUUUCAUAAGGUAUAAUUCCAUUUGAAAUAGACUACUGUUCCAUCCAUUUUCAACACUGCAAAUUUUUAUGACUUGCCACAUUCCUAAUUGCUAAGAUGAUGAUGGGUAUUACAAUAAGAUUUGAAAUUUGCUCCAUUAGGAAUGCACUAGAGGGUAGCAAGGUCUAGUCUCUCUCAGUGCAUCAUACCAUGAAUGUAAGGUUUGUUCAGAGUAAUGAUUAGUGAACUACACAUGAGUUGCAGAUAUUUCAUCAAUUUGGUCUUCCAGUGUCCUGUGUACAGAUGAAUAAAUAAUAUAUAUAUAUAUGUUAAAACCUAAAGAGUCAUACAGCUAGGCUGCUGUUGAUUCCAGAGCUAAAACUCCCUCAGUGUUUUGUAGAUAUGCUUUUGUAGGAUUUCUAUACUAUAUAUAUAUUAAUGUAAGGUCAAACGUUUUGGAAUGCCACUAGAAGUAAUCAAAAUUCUUCUGCUGUAUUUGUUAAGACAAUUCAGAUUAUUCAAAGGAUGACUCAACAAAAGUAGUGCUGUAGCUGCAAUUAGCUGGUAUUAUAAUAGGAUAAUUUACAGAGUCAGUCAGCAGUUUACAAGUGAUAGAAUUUUGAUUAUAUAUUGGUUGUAAUAGUUGUUGUAUGUCAACUAACCUGUAAAAAAAAGUGUUGUACAUAGCAUCCACAUUUAUAUCUUCCAAAGUGUGCUCUGUGACUCUUGAAAUUUUUAUUUUUGGGGCUUAAGUUAGAUUCUGGUUUUAGUAUGUUUUUACAUCUGCAUUUAUUUUCAGUAUGCAGUCAUUUUAAGUUAUUUAAGUGAUGGGCCAUCACUGGUGAAAAAGCUGUUUAGGACAUCUAUUAGGAAAUAAGAUGUACAAUGUAAGAUGUACCCAGUAUGUCAACUCUGGCCAGGAGAGAUGUUAAUGGGUUCUGCGCUGAUAAGCAGAUAAGGUCGAAAGUUCUAAAACCAACCUGUUGGUGACUGUUACCAGUGACUGAGAACUGAGCUUUAGCCAUUAUUAAUUCCUAGAUGUUUUCUUGCAUUGCUACAGUAGUCAGAGAAGUCUUGGUAGAGGGUAUAUAUUAUAUUUUUUUUAGUUAAACAUUGUUGAAGAGAAUUUAUUUUGAAUUAGUGAAGUACUCUCUUAUUAUCAGACUAGCCAUUAUAUAUUCUGACUGUAAUUUACAAUGUGUCUACAGAUGUUCUGCUGAACAUAAUUUGUAAUGUUGAGUAUUAAGUUUGUGUGGCUGGCAGAAAAUGCAAUUUUCUUUUAAUGUAUUUAUAAGUUUGUCUUUCAACAAAGGAACAGCUAUCUCAUGUAUUUUGUAUUUAGUAUUUUAGUGUAAUUUGCAAUACCUCAAAGCUUUCUGCUUUUAGAUACACACCAGAUAUGAAAUUGUGAUUGAAUCAAAAUAUUGGUUUUACUUGUAACUAUAAUUGUUUUGUAAUUUGGUCAUUUUCGAUUUUCACCAAACCUAAGUUAGUCAGUCAAUCUGUCCCCCCCC